UCAACAACAUGAAGGUACACAACAAUGUGAGAGCCAACGUGUUUUCAGUGUUGGACUCUGGAGAUCUGAGUUCGAUUCCCCAUUUGGGCAUGAAAUCCACUGAGCAACCUUGGCCAAGUCUCACUCUCUCAGCCUCAGAGGAUGGCAAGGGCAAAGCUUGUCUGAACAAACCUUGCCAAGAAAACACAGGAUAGGUUCACCUUAGAGUCACCAAAUGUUGGAAACAACUUGAAGGCACACGACAGCAAACACAACAAUUUGCUAAUCGUGUUGUUAUAUUUAUCGAUAAAGACCUGCGCUUCAUGGGCAUCCAAGCUUCUCUAGUGCUAUGAAUUGACUUUUCCAUCAGGAUCUAGAGCGGUCGCAUGCUGCGUUUUGGGAUUGGGAGUAUGGAAAACAAUAUUUUGGGAAAGUCCGGUUCCGGUGUCCAAAAGGCACAUUGCUUUUCAUCACAACAGGAAGACAGCAGAGAUGGAAAAACGUUUGGGGUGGGUUCCCUAUUUCCAUCCAGGUGGAUUGGCAGCAAUUGAUGGGGUCGGAGAUGUCUCUCCUCGAAUCUGGGACAACUAGCCACAUUUUCCUCCUUUUAAUAAGUCUGAAAGUUUCGAGUCCAUAGCAUUCCUCAGACUAGAUGGAACCCAAGUUUGCGCUCUGCUUCGCCUUUACUUGUUGCACAUUAGAGGCCUUGAAGGACGCAGAGAAAAGCAAGGAAGGGAGAAAGAUAUUGCGUCUCCCACUUUAAUCCUACGAAAUCUUGGAAUUUGUAGUUUUACAAGGUCUUUAGCCUCCUCCACCAACGAACGCUGCUGGCGCUUCCGCAAACUACAAAUCCCUACAUUUCUGUUGGAUGAUGGAGCCAUGACCCUUAAAGUGCAUUAUUAUCUCAACUCUGUAGAUGCAACCUGUGAUUGGUUUCUAUAAACUUCUUUGUGCCUUUUGCUCUUUGUUGGCUGUCCCCAAAAACUGGUUAAAACCGUUGCUAUACUUUCAGGCUGUUUGCAUUAUUCCUAACAGUUUUUAAAUGUUUAUAUUGUUUUAAAUGGAUUUUACCUGUUCGCUGCCCCAGGAGCUUGCGAUGUAGGGCAAGAGAUGAAUAUUUUAAUGAACGGAUAAGUAAGCAAUCCUAAUUGAUGAUUUAUGAGUUGCGUCUUCCUCUCUUCUUCCUCAUAACUGGGAAGCAAAGGAUAUGUUUCCUUAUUUUCAGUCUGGGGACCCAUUUUCGCCCGAAGGCUCUGAAUUCAAAUUCAAGGAUGUUCUAUGCAAAUAUAAGGGCAACAACAAUAAUUGUGUCUUCUUCCUCCUGCAGCUUGCUUCUGGAAUCUGUUCCUCGCAGCCAUUGUAGACCCUGAAACACGGAGUCAGCCCCAUCCAUCAACCAGGACAGGACCAGGUUUCCUACCCAAAGUACAGCGCUUUUGGAAGGGAUCCAUGAUGCCCAGCCGCUUGCAAGAUUGAGUGGACGGAAGGAGACAGUGCUCCUCCAUCACUCGGCUGCCAUUUUCCAUCCACCACCAAAUUGGUGUCCCCCGUUUUCUUCUCUAAGAGGAGUCCAGCCCAGCGAUCAAAAUAGAGUCCCUCAAGGUGAAAGUUGACUUCUUGAAGGUGCCCCUCGGCCUGAAGAAGCCGACGCUCAAGGAGGCCGCGGCGGCUUUGGCGGCCGUCCCAGGCCCCGGGAGACCCAAGUCCAUCAACGUGGACCGCUAUAAGGCCCGGCGCUCCGACAACAUGGACAACGAGUCCCAGUAUUCGGGGUAUUCCUACAAGUCGGGACACUCGCGGAGCUCACGGAAACACCGAGACCGGCGAGAAAGGCAUCGCUCCAAGAGUCGAGAUGGGAGUCGAGGGGACAAGUCGGUCACCAUCCAGGCCCCCGGGGAACCGCUGUUGGACAAUGAAUCGACGCGAGGCGACGAAAGGGAUGACAACUGGGGGGAGACGACAACGGUGGUGACAGGGACCUCAGAGCACAGCAUCUCCCACGAUGACAUCACACGCAUCACGAAGGACAUGGAGGACAGUGCCCACCUGGACUGCUCCCGGCACCUGGGGGUCUCGCUUGGGGGGGCGCUGGCCCUCCUCUCCUUCCUCACCCCCUUGGCCUUCAUGCUGCUGCCCCAGGUGCUGUGGGGGGAGCGGCUGGAGCCCUGCGGGACCCCCUGCGAGGGGCUCUUCAUCUCUGUGGCCUUCAAGCUCCUCAUCCUCCUCCUGGGCAGCUGGGCCCUCUUCUUCCGCCGCCCCAAGGCCUUCUUCCCCCGCAUCUUCGUCUUCCGCGCUCUCCUCAUGGUCCUUGUCUUCCUCCUGGUGGUUUCCUACUGGCUCUUCUACGGUGUCCGCAUCCUUGACUCACGCGACACCAACUACCAGGGCAUCGUCCAGUACGCCGUCUCCCUGGUGGAUGCCCUCCUUUUCGUCCACUACCUGGCUGUGGUCCUGCUGGAACUGAGGCAGCUCCAGCCCCACUUCACCCUCAAGGUGGUCCGGUCCACUGACGGCGCCAGCCGGUUCUACAACGUCGGCCACCUCAGUAUCCAACGAGUUGCGGUGUGGAUCCUGGAGAACUACUAUCACGACUUUCCCGUCUACAACCCAGCCCUCCUCAACCUGCCAAAGUCGGUUCUCUCCAAGAAAAUGUCCGGUUUCAAGGUGUAUUCGCUUGGCGAAGAAAACACAACCAACAACUCGACCAGCCAGUCCCGAGCCGUCAUUGCCGCAGCUGCCCGGCGGAGAGACAAUAGCCACAACGAAUAUUACUACGAAGAGGCCGAACACGAGCGCCGGGUGCGGAAGCGGAGGGCUAGGUUGGUGGUGGCCGUGGAGGAGGCCUUCACCCACAUCAAGCGGCUCCAGGAGGAGGACCAGAAGAACCCGCGGGAGAUCAUGGACCCCCGGGAGGCGGCCCAGGCCAUCUUUGCCUCCAUGGCCCGGGCCAUGCAGAAGUACCUGCGGACCACCAAGCAGCAGCCCUACCACACCAUGGAGAGCAUCCUCCAGCACCUGGAGUUCUGCAUCACCCAUGACAUGACGCCCAAGGCCUUCCUCGAGCGCUACCUGGCGGCCGGCCCCACCAUCCAGUACCACAAGGACCGCUGGCUGGCCAAGCAGUGGACGUUGGUCAGCGAGGAGCCCGUCACCAACGGCUUGAAGGACGGGGUGGUCUUUGUCCUCAAGCGCCACGACUUCAGCCUGGUGGUGAGCACCAAAAAGAUCCCCUUCUUCAAGCUCUCAGAGGAGUUUGUGGACCCCAAGUCGCACAAGUUUGUGAUGCGGCUCCAGUCGGAGACGUCGGUGUGAACUGCUGCCGCUGUCAGGUUUGGGCGGGCGAGGGACUUCCGAUGCCGGAGGGCUGCCUCCGCUUGUGAGGAGUGACCUAGCGCACCGUGUUUGGGAUGUUGGGGUGACAAUGACCUUCCUGGAGUUUACAGUGUCAUCUCUAUGUGUCUUGAGAUGCCCGCCAUUGACCACUCAAUCUCUUCAAUUCCAGUUAUGGGGUGAGAUGCCUCGAAGUGCCCCUUUCCUCUCUCUCCCGUUUUCCACCCUCUGAAAUCCCAAUUUUUGGGACAUCUUUGGCGCUAAGGAGGCACAUGAUCUGGGAAGGCUGGUCCCUCUCCUCCCUUCCUCGCCUUGGUUGCAAAACGGUCCAAUUUUGGUGCCAAAUUUUUAAGGGCUACUUCCGUUCACACUCUUCACCAGCAACUCCGAAUUACCAUUGGGUUUUGAGGAACCUUUUGCGAAUGUUCAAAAAACCAGCGAACCUCAACAGUUCUGGCCUUCGAGACGCUGCCCGACGCCACUGUUUUGUCCUCCGCACGCGCCGUCCGGACUUGCACAAAACCUUGCGGAGCGUUUUUAGAUAGAUAGAUUAUGUGUAAAAGAAAGAAAGAAAGAAAGAAACGUCUGAUGGUAGCUGCUAUUUUUCAAAGACAUCUUAUAUCAUGCCAGCGGACCCUUCCUUGGUUUUGCGAGUCUGGCACCAAAACAUCCUAUUUCGAGCAUAUCUUUGUCCGACUUGCGGUGGUUUUCCUUUCUUUAAAAAGGAAAGUUUCUUAAAUGGUGACAUUUUUUACAAACGCAAAUGAUCAUCUCCAUACUUUGGAAAGGGAUCCGUUGGGUUGUACAUAAUCGCCGUCCUUCGAACGACCCGAACCGGCCUUUGGUUCGAGUCCCUGUGGUAUAUGAGCCUCGUCUUGACUUGAAGGCUGUUGUGUCGUCUUAAGACUCGGGUGCGAAGCCUGUGUGUGUGUGUCUGUGUGUGUGUAGGGGAGCUCUUUUCCAGGAGCAGUUUCUUGCACAAGCGAAAUGAAAUCCCAGGAGCGUCCAAUAAUGUCCCUGUUUGUUUGAGCGAAGUUUCUGCGAGGUUCCAACAUUUUUAGCAAAAGGAAAAGAUCUGGGUUCUCCUUGUUUUCCGUCUCGUUCCCUCCUUCCAUCAUCACCGCUGUCUUUGUGAGAACAACACAAUUGGGGUCCUCCGACUGGACACUUCGCUCCAAAACACACUGCAGAAAUAAUCCAGUUUGAGACCGCUUUAACUGCCUUGACUCAUUGCUAAUGGGAUAUACAUCUUGUAGUAUAAAAGUUGUACAACUAAGAGUCAGUUUAUUGUGGCACCAGAGCUGUUUCUGACAGAGAAGGCUCUAAGUGUCUCGCAAAACUACAGUUCCCAGGGUUCCCUAGCAUUGAGUUAAAGUGGUUUCAAAAUGGAUUACUUCUGCAAUGUGGGUUAUACACUUAUGAAGGAUUUUGUAAUUGCCGGCUAGUCAAGGCAUUUCAUCCUUGCAAAGGCGAAUAUAAGUGUACUUUUUUGUCCAGUUCUUGGAGAGGGCAGCUUGCUAUGGAGUCCUGGGAUUUGUAGUUUUUGGCCUUCUCUAUCGGAGAGAGGUGCUGCAACAACAAACUACAAAUCCCAGGAUUCCUUAGGAUGAAGCCAUGGCAAUUAAAGUGGUGUCAAACUACAUUAAUUCUGCAGUCUAGAUGACGCCAAACUCUUCGUUUAAUCCGUCCUUAUGUCUGUUUGUGGGGUUCCCACUGUUUCAGGUCAUUGCAAACAAACCAUACGGUUUUGCAUCAUUGCAACCACACAAAACACAUCUUUUUUUUGGGGGGGGGGAUUAAAAUGAUAACACCUUGAAAUACACAUGCGCACACAUGCGCACAAACACACCCUGAAUUUAGGAAAACAUUCCCUAGAAAUAAAGACAAAGACUUAAAUUUAGGAGGGGAAAAAACAAAGGGAGGACCAACGCCUUGUGCAUGCUUUGUAGAAAGUUGUAAAGUGUAAAGUUGGGUUGUUUCUUUUUUAAUAUAUAUAUAUAUAUAUAUAACGUUUGGUUUUUACAGUUUGCAGUGGUACUAAGCGUUACGCAAAAACGUUACGAUUAAAACGUUAGGAAGGGUUUUUUAUUUCUUUCCCCCGCGCCGUAAAAAUAGGAGGAAAAACUGUACAAUUUUGUUUUUCUAAAAAAAUAAUGAUAAUAAUAAUAAAUAAAAGGAACAUC